ACCCAUUUUCAGUGCCUCCUAUCUAUCAGAAGCAAAGCAGAGGUUUUAAGAAGCAGAGCAUAACCAAAACAAACAGGGGCGACCUGAAAGAACACAAAGCAAAAGCAAUGGCAAGGAACUCGAACACGGCGGUUUUCGUAGCCCUAGUGGCAGCUUUGGUAAUUAGCACGGCCUCGGCGGUGACUCAUCAAGUCGGAGAUGGUAUAGGCUGGAACGUCCCUCCAGGUGGAGCUGUGGCUUACAGUACAUGGUCGUCUAACAACACCUUCAAAGCCGGUGACACUCUUGUCUUUACAUUUGCAAGCGGAGCACACGACGUCGCAAAAGUGACCAAGGAAGCCUUCGAUGCCUGCAAUGCAACCAAUCCCAUUUCCUUGACUACUAACUCACCAGCAACUCUGACCCUUACUUCCGGAGAGCACUACUACAUCUGUACCUUCGAUAGCCACUGUGGCUCCGGACAGAAGUUGGCCGUCAACGUUACCGGAACGACUUCUUCCCCUUCUCCGGCUCCCACCGUGAGUCCUCCUACUUCGUCGCCGGCUCCGGUUCUUUCUCCAGAGCCCAGCAGCAGUGCUAGCCCCCCUGCACCUUCUGCCCCGGCACCAAGCCCCUCAACUGGACCCACUACUUACACUGUUGGAGACACCGCCGGUUGGAAUGUGCUCGGCAACGGUACUUACACCGUUUGGGCCUCUAACAAGACCUUCUUCGUUGGUGACGUUCUAGUGUUCAACUUCUUGAAUCAAUCGCACGACGUUGCUGAAGUGACCAAGACAAACUAUGAGUCAUGUAACACCUCCAACACACUCUCCCUCUACUCAAACCCACCCGUCAGAAUCACACUCAACACAACCGGCGAGAUCUUCUUCAUCUGCACUUUCGCCGGCCACUGCAACCAAGGCCAGAAGCUCGCCAUCAACGUCAGCAGCAGCACCGCCACACCCACACCCACCUCCGCACCGGCUCCUUCUCCAACCAGCGGCUCUGCCCCUACUCCAAGCACUAGUACUGCCACCCCACCAAGCACCGGCACCACCACUCCAACCACCCCUGUACCAGCCAGUGACGUCACCCCACCACCAUCACCUAGCACCGCGACAUCUCUCGGCGUUGCUGGCCUAUCCGCCACCUUCUUGUCCAUUGCUGUAGCUUUGUUCAUGUUUUAAGUAAAUUAAUCUGUGACAGUAUACAGUUGAUUUUAUUUGUGUGUAAUUCAUUUGUAGACUACCACAGCUAGCUAGUGUGAUUGUUAUUGUUUAUUAUACAGAUUGAUCAUCUUCUUUUUCCAUGAAUAAUCAAUAAAGCUGGUUUUGACAUUUCAGCUUAA